AUGCUUUCUUGAUUUAGAAACCGACACAUUCAAAAUCCAUCCUACAUGAAAGGAACAUGAACAUUGCAAAAUCUAGCUUUUGUAAGCAAGAAAUACAAUAGAAUAUUGUCCACAUAAAUCUAACUUAUCUUCUGCGUGCCUAAAUACAAUGGUAUAAAACAAUUCAGUGUUUUCUAGUUGGCUCUUAAAAGUCCUCACAACCCAAACUGAUGACAAUGGGAAUGAGAUAUGAUUAUAUACACCAAUGCUUCUGGCCAUGUUUCAUGCAAGACUGUCAGGUCUUUUUAUCUUAUCUCAAAUAUACCUUAUUUUUUGUGAAAGUAGGAAUUACACUCCACUGCCAUGUCUGGAAAGUGAUUAAUAGAUACAGAAAAGCUGAUGAGAAACUACUUCAUGUUUACAGCUCUGACAGUGUGGAGGCACAGGGUUAUGUACAGAAUCACAAAGAGGAAACAACUGACGGAGACCUCACGAGACUGACAUGGGAGGAAAAGUCACAAGACAAAACAAACCCACCUGAUUUUGAACGUUCCAGAGAUGAAGAUCAUCAGCUGGAGAAGGUCACAGUUGAACCAGAGAACAAUGAUUCAAAGCACAUUUCAGUUCUUUGCUCUACGUGUCAACAACCAAUAUAUCCACACCACCUUUUUAAUCACAAAAAAACCCACAAAGCCCUAACUUUGCUGGGCUUUGAUAGCCCACAAACAAAGACUAACAACAAACGACUUUUAGCUCAUAGACAGAAACUUAUAUCAGAAUUGACCCAGACUCCUAAAUAUUCUGAGAAACAAAGGCAGAAGAUUGAUUAUUCAUUUGAAUUCCUUAUGGAUAAUCAUACUCCUACAUCACAUUGGGAUCUUCCUGACAUUACCAAUCCUAGUACUUUUAAGAAAGUAAAUAAUUCUUUAAUAAAUGCAUUAGCCAUUUGUCAAGACAAAAACUCCACAUGGCAGAGGGACAUGGAAGACAGAUUUAUCGUGCUCGACAACUAUGGAAAUAGGUCAGAUACAUGUUUUCUGGGGUUAGUUGAUGGCUCUCACGGUGUGGCAGCUGCAGAAACAGUUGCAGCAGAGCUCCCACUUUUAUUUCUUGACCAGCUUGCUCAAAUGGAUUCCUCCUACGAAAAGAGUAAGGAUGAACAGCAAAUUCUAGAUUCUUUUGCCACAGUAAUCAAUGCAGAUUACAAGAAAAAAGAGAAGAUUUUCUCUGAUAAACCAGGCAGUGGCAAGACCAACAAGACCAACACUUACAAAUGGAUUCACAAAGCAUACGCCAAGUCCUUUUGGAGAAUGGAUAGACUUUUACGACUGGGAAGGAACGAGGUUUCCAAAGUUCGCUGGAGUGGCUGUUCAGCUGUUACUUGUUUGGUGGAAAGAAUCCCCAGCGAGGAGACAGAUGUCACUGAGGAAGAAGGAAGAAAACAUUCUGAAAACAACAUAGACUGUCCAUUAACCAGGACAGCCAAAGGUGCUGCUGGCUUACUGCAUAUUGCUAAUGUAGGUAAUGCACAUGCAGUCUUAUGUAAAAAUGGAAAGAGUCACUGCCUCUCAAAAGAGCACAGCACUUCUAAUGCAAGUGAGAGAAAACGUAUAUUUCAGAAUGGUGGAAAUAUCAGCACUAAUGAACCGGACGGAUUAGUGGAGGGGUACCUGAGAACUACAAGGGGUCUUGGACACCAUGGAGAUCCGGUACUGAAAAGAUCCAUUAUACCUGUACCUCAUACUAUAUCUGUCCCUAUUGAUGAUACUUGUCAGUUUCUUAUUUUAGCUUCUAAUGGGCUUUGGGAGGUUUUGGAUUACAAUGAAGUACUUGCUUUAACUCUAACAACAUUCACUCAGUAUUUGAGAAUGCAUGAAUGCGUUCAACAAAAUGGAACUUCUCCAUGUAACUGUCAGUAUUUGAUGCCGCUCACUGAAGACAAUUUAAAAGACUCAAAGGCUAUUAAAGAUCUGCAAGCUGGAACAGAGAUACUGUGCUCCGCAGACAUUUUUCUCACUGAAUCAAAAGGCAACUUGGAACGAAAUAAGCCCAAAUAUUCUAGGAUGAGCUAUUUGCAAAGUGAAGAUGAAGUUCCUAAGGAAAGCAAUGACCACAAAAAUCAAGCUGAUCCAGAACUGACUCCUUUCAGUCACAACAAAAUAAAUUCACAGAACGGAGAGAGAAAACAGUCUGAUUCUAGCACACAAGGUAGCUCUGAAGCACUGGAAGAGUUUGAGUACAGAGAACUUAAUCUAAGUAACAGUUUUCAGCCACAGUCACAGAUUGCAGUGCAAAAAGAAACAGAUACGGACACUUUCUGUGCAGCAGGUCCAAGUUGCAACCAUAAAGAGCUGCAAGAGAAUGUACUGGCAAUAGGGUCUGAAGACACAAAACAGCCCUCAAAAGACAUAAAAGCAUGCCUAACUGACUCAGGUCCACAACUGGCUGAAAAAACGGACUCCAAGAUUUUUUGUGACAAACUUACAAGUUGUGCUCGUCAAGAACUGCAAAAGACUGUAUCACCAAUGGGUUCUAAACCAUCACCACAGUUUGAAGAGGACACAGAAACAUACCCAUCCAAUUGUGAAUCACAAACUGCAGGAGGAGGCAGAGUCACCUCUGAGACACUGUACGACAAUGCAGCAAGCUACAUCAGUGAACGACUUGUACAGACUGCAUUAGCUGCAGGUUCAAGAGAUAACAUUACUAUUUUGAUUGUACUUCUAAACGGAUGCGAUAAGAUACCCAAUUACCUCAACAUUUAAAAAAUUAUCAUAGGAUAACUGGGGUGGCACAUUAGAUAGAGGACAAGCUUACAUUUAGCUGUGUCAUGAAUUUACUUGUAAUCAUCUUAAAUGCUGACCCAUAUUCAGACAUCUUGUCGGAAACUGUUCAAAUACAGUAAAACCUUCUGAAACUCGCAAUAAAAAACGCUAAUCAAAAA